AUGUGGGAAAAGGUGCUGGGGAAGCAACAGAAAUGUGAGCCAGGUUUGAAUACUGACACAUUUAACACCUAUGUUGUUUUAAAAGUCCAAAAUCUAAAAAGCACCACAAUAAACAGAAAAGGAAGCGAACCUUGCUGGGAACAAGACUUUAUGUUUGAAAUCAGUGAUGUUGAAAAGGGCAUCGUGGUGGAGCUGUGGAAGAAAGGCUUGAUAUGGGACAAACUUUUAGGUACUUUAUGGAUUCCCCUAACAACUGUGGAAUAUGCAACAGAUGAAGGUUCGGGUGCAUGGUGGAUACUACAUUCUGAAGUCAUAAAAAAUGGAAAUGAAAUCUGUGGCACAAAAACACCAACUCGACAUGAGAUAUUACUGGAUGUCUACUUUGCAAUACUGAAUGAUUCGGAUUGCAGAAGCCAUUACAGGAGGGCUUCUCUCCAAGGUGCAUGUCAUUCACAUCAGGACACAUGCAGCAACCUGUCACCCAUGAAAAGUGCUCUCAGCGUGCAAGAAAACGAACUAAGGGUGAUAGGGAGAAUAGCAGAUCCCUAUAAUCUAUCAGUAGGAAGGUCAGGAAACCUACAGUACGGAACAGAAGUAGCUCCAUAA